CCCCCUCCCACAAUCCUGCGCGCGGCUGCCCGGGGGCAGCAGCAACAGCGGCGGCGGCGGCGACAGGGAGGAGCCGGCGCCAUUAGAGGCGCGUUCCCUGCCCGGGCUUUGCCUCACUCGCCCACGACUCUCACCGAGGAAGAAUCCGCUCUCGCGGGGCGCCAUCCGCACCGCCACCAUGACGGUGGGACGCAGCAGCAAGAUGCUGCAGCACAUCGACUACAGGAUGCGCUGCACCCUGCAGGAUGGGCGCAUCUUCAUCGGCACUUUCAAGGCGUUCGACAAACACAUGAACCUCAUCCUGUGCGACUGCGACGAGUUCAGGAAGAUAAGGCCCAAGAACUCCAAGGCUGGGGAGCGUGAGGAGAAGCGCGUGCUGGGUCUGGUGCUGCUCCGUGGAGAGUCUCUGGUCUCCAUGACGGUGGAGGGGCCCCCACCGAAGGAUUCUGGCAUCGCGCGCGUGCCGGUGCCCGGAGCGAUGGGAGGGCCGGGCAUGGGCCGUGCGGCCGGGCGCGGCGUUCCCGCGGGUGCCCCCGCGGCACAGGCCCCCGCCGGUCUGGCCGGGCCGGUGCGUGGCGUCGGAGGGCCUUCCCAGCAGGUGAUGACCCCGCAGGGCCGGGGAAUUCUGGGCCCCACCAUCAGCGGAUCGCCACAGCAGUACCCGGGCCCGCCACCUCCUGGCGGGCGCGGAGGCCCCAUGCCCAUGGGGCGUGGAGGUCCCCCAAUGGGGAUGAUGGGCCCCCCGAUGGGCAUGCGUCCGCCCAUGGGCCCUCCAAUGGGCAUGCCUCCCGGCCGGGGCCCCAUGGGAAUGAUGCCCCCGGGAAUGAGACCACCACCGCCCGGCAUGAGAGGGCCCCCGCCUGGUAUGAGGCCUCCACGACCGUAAAGAUGCAGUGGAUGGAGAGAAUCCUGCGUGUUUAUAUAAAUAGCCGUGUUGGCCUGGGCGGGUGUGAGAAAGUAAUUGAUUUGUGGGGUGUGAAAGAUGACGGGGUAGGUAGGGGGGGUGGGGAUUGACGGGGUAACCAGAAUUGCAACUUUUCGCUCCGUUUCGGACAAGCUGGCGGGUGAUCGAGUGGUGAGAGGGUGAAUUCAUCGUGCCCGAGGACAAAAAAAAAAAACGCGUCGUCUUGCUCCAAGAAUUUACGGGGGAGAUGUCGUCGUAAGGGAACCCUCUCGGGGGGGGGGGGGGGGGGGGGGGGGGGGAAAUGACGCUUUCGAGAAUUACUCGGCCGCCUGCGGCGCUGUUUCCUCCGAUCGUUGAGUUGUCCGCGUUUGGCUCUGUGUGGGCUACUGGGUCGCAAAAAAGGCUCGUCUCGUUUCCGUCGGCUCGUGCGAUCCUGCGAGUUUUCUAUUUUGUUCCCGUGGCCCGAGUGUUUUUUUUAAGAAUAUUAAAUCGCAACUGUGUCCUGGAAAACCUG